GCGUUCUCCUGGCACUGCAGGGGGCUGACUGGGGUUUCCACUUUCCUCUGGACUUUUGGCUUUUUCCGUCCGGGAUUCUCCUGGUAUGUGUAAUCUGUGGGAAAUGCCAUUGUGGUUGAACAGCAGCUGUCAUUUAAAUGGGCAAAACCACAUCCAAAAAACAAACAAAAACAUAGGUCUAUAAACACAUCGCUUUGUGUUUCAGUGUUUCAUCUUAAGUUUGAAGAGAAAGGCCAAGCAUAGCUAUGAAAUUGGGCGUCACAGCUAGGAGCUUGUAUUCUUUACACAACUUGGUGUCCCCACACUGUGAGAGUAGCAGUUUGGUGUGAACACACAGAAAUGAAGGAGGUGAAUGCUUUGCACUUGAUGGAUUUAUCACAAUCACAGGUCUUCAGGGUGGAGGGUGAAUGAAGCAAGAAAAUAUCUCUGGGUGCAGCAUUGACUUGAAAAUCUGUGCUACAAACCAGACAUUUGAAGUUCUCAAUCGAUAAACAUAAAUUGCAUACUUGACAACAUGGAACAGCAUUUACACAAAACUACACUGUACAUAACAUUUCAUUUUUAACACCCCUCUAUGUCUUGUUUAUGACAACACAUUUUCUGUUACUUUCGACACAGUGUUAAAAAGUCUCCCUCUGCAGCACAUAAACUGUAUAUUUGUAACACAAAAGUAGUAACUUUGGCAGAAAAUGUGUUGAAAGUAACACAAAAGUAGUAACACAAAAAGUGUGUUGGAUUUUAACAAAUCAUUUUUGAGAGUGUGCAGACAUACUGCUCUGGGUUAUUUAUAACAUAAUUGACCAUACCUGUGCAAAAAUGUUAAGCUUUAAGUGCCUAGCAGUUUACACUGUUGGGUCCAGUAGUAAAUUGGUUAAUUUGGGCAGAAACUGUCUGCAUAGUUGGGAUAACCAACUCUGUCUAUGACAAGUCAAGGUCUGACAGUGGAGCUGCCUGCAGGAGUCCCCCGUGAAAAUGACGCACAUACUAAUAAUCCUCCCCGUUUUGAUUGGCCAACAUUCUGCCACGCAAGUGGAAGUUCUGAACUGCCUCCCUCCGUCUGUAAUGAAGGGCGAAAUCCGGAGUGCAACUAGAGACUCACAGUGCUUUGAGUACUAGGUAUUUGCCUUCGAUCAUAUUUAUUUGUGAACAGCUCAACUACAUGAAGAAUGUGACAGAACGUAAGAAAUCAAUUCUGAAUGGAGAGAGAGACAGUGGGAGGGUGACAGAGGCACUGCAUAUUGCACAGACCCCCCAGGUGCGAUGGGUCCUAUAAUUGGGAUGUCUCCAGACAAGAAAGCAGAAACCCCUGGGCCCCGGGCGGAGCGGACGGGGCUGAGGGCCCUGUUGGGGGCGGGGACCCUGCCCGAAGCAGAGAGCGCCGCCAGCCCCAGGGCCACCAGCCUGGACGGGGUGGGCGGGAUGGUGGGCGGACCCGAAGGCGGGACUGAGGAUGAGGAGCUCACCAACCUGAACUGGCUCCACGAGAACCUGCUGCAGAACUUCACGCUGGGGGGUCCCGAGGCUCCACCCAGCGGCAGCCCCCUCUUCGACAUCGAGGGAGAGGGAGGCUUGCCCCACGCCCUCUGCUCCUCCCUCUCCUCCUCGGACUCCCCCUCCUCCUCAUCCCUCUCGUCCGCCUCGCUCCCCCGUGGGCGGAGCCGGGAGAAGGACCCUCUCAAGUCCAAACCGCCCUUCUCCUUCUCCCUGCUUAUCUACAUGGCCAUUGAGCAGUCACCUCGCAAGUCCCUGCCUGUCAAGGACAUCUACGGCUGGAUCUUGGAGCACUUCCCCUACUUCUCUAGUGCCCCCACUGGCUGGAAGAAUUCAGUGCGCCACAACCUGUCCCUCAACAAGUGCUUCCGCAAGGUGGACAAGAGCCUAGGCAAGGUGAGUGGCAAGGGCUCUCUCUGGUGCGUGGACCCCAAGUACCGGCCCAACCUGCUGCAGGCCCUGAAGAAGCAGCACCUGCCCACCGGCCAGGCCUUCGGCACGCCCCCUUCCUCCCCGCUCAGUGCCUCCUCACCUCCGCACCACCUCCUCCUGCGUGACCAGUGCUGCUCUGCGAAAGAGUCUGACAUCGAUGCUGCCACUGCCAUGAUGCUCUUAAACUCUGCCCCCGAGCACCACCCUGAACCAUAUGGUCGGGAUGGCCCUAUAGAUCUCUCCCAGAGGGACCUGGUGGUGGUAAGCAGGGACCCGAAACAGGACCAUAACUACAGCAGCGUACCCCAGCAGCACCGGCCGCCCCGCUCCAGGUCCUCGUCCCUGUCCUCCCUGGACGAGGGCUCGGGACGCGCGCCCCGCAAGACGCACCGCGCCGGCAGCGAGGGUUUCCACAGCAACGAGGACUCCGACCCUAGCCCCGACCUCGGCCCCGGCGCCGGGGGGGAGGCGGCAAAGGCGGGGCCCGGCCAGAGAGGCGCCCGGGGCCGCCCGGGCCGGCGCGCGAAGCCGACGCCCCCUGGUCGCGGCCACGCCCACACCUCGGUGGAGGUCCCGAGGAAGAGGGCGUGGCUGGAGGCCAAGGCCGAGGUGGACGAGGAACUGAAGGAGGCGGCGGGGUCCCUCCUGCACCUGGCCGGGAUCCGCACCUGCCUGGAGGCUUCCAAACGCACAGCCAGAAGCAAAAAACUCUCCAGGAAGUGAAGAGAUGACCCUUGACCUCUGAUCCCUGCAUCUUGGCUUCCUUCUCCUCUGUUUUUGUGACUCAUCCCAUUUUCCACACAACCUUUUCCCUGCACGGGGGGAAAAUCCCCUUCAUCCAACAGAAAUAGCAAUAUAAUCAUUGACAAAGGAGAAAUUAAGCCAUAUUGUGACUUUUUUGACUUAUAAAAUAAAAUGAAUUCAUACAUUUUAUAAAACACCCCACAGAAAUUAGCUACCAACAACACCCGUUGGAUCUACAAAUGGGUGCAAUUUGUGGGAUUGUAGAAAAAAGGGUCACCAAAAAAUGUUCACACGAAGACUUGCAUGCUUCCAGCUCACAAAAGCGAAGAUGAGCAUGGACAUUUCUGAUGAAUUCCUGGCUAGCCUGUGCCACAGCGUGGUUUCCUUAAAACUUCAAAAAAGAAAAGAAUGAAGAUGCCACUGCUUGUUUUGGAUUAAAGACUAAGACUUUGUUUCCCUGAAUAUGAUACAAAGAGAAAUGCAAUAAUUGUUGUUUAAAAACAAACAUGUUAUUUUAUUUUUGUAAUGCUGUUUUCGUAUUGUGUCUUUUUGAGGGUUUCUCUGUUGGGCAAGGAUGCUUGGAUACCAGGGGGUGUGUCUGACCACACCUCUGCACCCCUGAUUGGUUCAGACUUCUGUCCGUUCUGUGUCAGUUGCCCUGGAGGUUCCGGAAUCCUGCCCUGUGGCAGGAGAUCUGUGUGUAGGGCCACAACUGGGCUCGCAGAAAGGCCAAAACACAAGGUCCCGCUGAUCUUGGUGCUUGGUCACCGCGAUGAAAAUCCAGUCAGCACCCCGAGACUUCCCUCUUCCUCCUUAUCCUCACGUUCCUCUUCUUGCUAUCAAUGUUAUUGUCAUGAAAUAAUUAGGUUCCUUAUAGUAUUUUUUCCACUUUCUCCAGGCCAUGUGUGAUCUUCUGGAAAAAAGAAAAAAAAAUUACUGCCCUUGGUUGUUUCCAUGUGUUCAAAUGGGGGGGGGGGGGGGCAUGGCAUUAAGCGAUAGGUGUGAGCAUUCCAACAUGAACGGGAAUGGUGGGGGGUUGCCCAAUGAAGCACCAAUUUAAACAUCACCGUUUCUGCUGUCUUUAACGCAUGAGCUUAGGCAAGCAUUGGUGGGCUAUCUUGCUUUUUUUUGCUCAGAGGUGGCACUUUUGGGGAACGGUUUUGCCGGAAGGGUGUAAAAAAUGGAAUCUGGGAAUGCUGAGUGUGCAUGUAUGUGUGUGUGCGCGUGUGUGUUUGUGUAUUCCAGGGUGUAGUGGGUUAAAGAGGACUGGUUCCGCAGGAGACUCUGAGAGGAAUAGUUUACAAACAACAAAACAACAGUUUACCCUGAACUCCAUUAGCUGUAGGGCAGUUAUACCUGGAGAGUUUCCUCCGACCUACCUUAGCUGUAGGUCAGUUGUACCUGAAGUGUGUCCACUGACCCACGUUAGCUUCAGGUCAGUUAUACCUGAAGAGUUUCUUCUCAUUCACUUUUCCACUUGUAAACAUACUUUUUUCUUUCCCCUCUGCUGGUCCUCUUUUGACCUUACAGUCCUUUGUGGUUCAUUUUAAUCUUGUUGGCUGUUUAGGAUUUUUUUUGUUUGUUGAAAAACUCAUGUUAACAAAAGUGUUACAGUCCUUGUUAUUUCUUUGUAUUGGGCAUGUCCAGUGAGUGAUAUGCUUUUCAUAUGUUCACCUGGUGGUGGAGGGUGGAGCUAUGGCAGGGGCUUUGAGAGGGGUGGGGGUGGGGAUGGGGUUGUUGGGGCCAUGGAGACAGUCUCAGACAGUCUCAUGAUAUGCGUUUGCAACUCUAGGAGUCUGCUCACCCACCCUGCAUUGUCAUCAAACUGAGAAUUUCCUGUUUUUGGGAGGAAGUGAGACACAAUGAGAAACCCUAAACAAAACUGCAAAAGAAAAAAAGCAGCACUGACAGAGAGCUGGAAAAAAAAUGUAAUUGGUAUUCAUUGUGAGUGGGGAUCAUGUGCCAGAAAUACAGGAAGUGACAAUGAGCUGGUCAGGGUUCCUAUGGCAACUUCCUAAAUUUUGUUAUUGUGGUUUUAGACCCCAGGGAUAUUGAUGCUGAGGACAGGGAGUACAUUUCUGUGUUUUUCUUUGACAGGGUGUUUGCAUUGAGACUGAAGUUCACAUUUAAGUGAACCAGUCCUGAUGGUGUCAGGACAACCUGGACACCCCUCUUCCAGUGCAUGAUGGUUUGAUCCUUCACGCAGGGCCUCUUGUGUCAUUGGCUAUGGGCAGUAAUCUAUUCCUGGAAAUUGGUCUUGUGAAUUCACCCGAAUAGAGGUCAACAUAUUUUAUGUGGAUUUCAUUCACGUUUGUGAGUGUGUAAAACACUGCCAUCGCAAAGUGUGUGUGUGUUUGUGCUCACAAAACACUGUUGUCACAAAAACAAGUUUUCUUCAUUUGUACGAGCUGAAAAAACGCAAAUGAAAUAGAAAAGGCAACAUUCCCAAAUGGGCAUCACCAUACAGACAGGGAGGUAGAGGGGUGGCUCCAUUGAGGAUUGUGUGCUGCCAGCACCAGUAAACCCUGUACAGCAGUCCCCUGAGGUGGCAUGGUGGUCAGAAGAAAUCCACAGGUCCUGUUUCAGCAUAAGUAAUUUUUUUUUACUUUAUCGCAGGAGAGCGAGAUCCCAAGCCGGUGUACUGCCAUCCCCUUUGUGGGUCUACUCCCAGAGCUAUCCCACAGUUCCGUGCAGCAGUUGCUCCCACGGAAACCUGUGAUCUAGCAUCUAUUGAAUUAACUCAUUACCCUAAUUCACAAUGUGCAUGCACUGUGGUUGGUACCACAGAAAGCUCUGUCUGCUCACAAUGGAAUGUACCAACUCUGUUCAGGGUGGACAAUAGGUUUUGGGAAGCGUGUGGGGGAGGUUCUGAGGACAGUGUGUGAAAGUUAUUUCCAGAGCCCCCAAGUGUUUGUCCAAUCAGGGCAGUCCAGGAAACCUGGGCCAUUGAUAAUAUUGACAUACGUGGGCUGCCUGGGUGAUAUAUAGUGAAAGGGUUGGUUUAUUAUUUCAUGCCUGUUACUGAACAUCGAUGAGAGUUUCAAAACAAUAUUAUUAUGACAAUUUUUUGUUUGUUUAUCUAAUGUAAAGCUGCCAAUCCAGUGAGUGUUCGCAUCAGUUGUCUGCCAUGUCUGUUAGACAGACACAACCUUUGGUUUUUGUAUGCUAACCUGUGUUAAUAAAAUGUUUAUAAAGUUUAUUUUCGCCAAAGAUAUGCAAUUGCAUUAUAUAUGGUGUUACUGAAUAAUAAUAAAAAAAAAUCUUUGUUUUAUGAUA